AUAAAGGAAAUCUACAGUAAUUGGAUACUCUUUGCUGACAUAGACGAACGGACUCUUAUUCUUCUACAAAUCCAUCAACAUGAACGCGGUUUGGGGUUACCUUUGCAUUCUGGGAAUGGUCAUGGGGAGCAUUACUGCGGCACAAGAGACUUUGGUGAACCGGGCAGUGUACACUUUCCAGAAUAAGGGCGAUUUCGGGUUUCUAACUUCGAUAGGAAAAGCCAAGUUUGCCGAUUCGGAUCGAUGGAGGGAUAGUCCAACGCAAAAAUGGCGAGUGGUCAAGGGAUAUUUGGGGUCAUCAUACAUGCUGAAGCCUACUUCGGAUGAGAACAUUUCGGUAUUUGUCGACGGAAAUAUGGUUGGAGUGGAGCACUCCGGAUUUGCUUUGUCCAGCUCUCAAUAUUGGACAGUAUGGCAGGCUGACCAAGGAUUUUAUAUCAUCCGUAACUCCCAAACGGACGAGUGCCUAGAAUCUCCAGGGUUAGGGAAACGAGUAAUCACCUCCAGGUGCAGAAAUAUCCGAGAGCAACAAUGGGCAAUGCAUCGUCGCUAAAUAAUCCCGAUUAGUUGAUUGAUGCUAAAUAUGAUAUCUUAAAUAAAGAAAUUACAAUCGUCAUUAUUAUGCUGA